AUUUCGUUUCCCGUAUUUACAAAGGGAUGCUGUUAUUAUGUACUUGUGAGAAGGAAUGCUGUAGGAUGAGAAUGGAAUGUAUCGAAUGUUAGGCCUAGGCCACUUCCCCGUCAAUUCCCGGCAAGAAGCACAUAACUUGGACCCUUGGAUGGCUGUGAGUUUAGGGACCAUUGCUUAAGUGGAUGAAGGAAUGUCAUUGCUCAAACUCAGAAGGUACCAAUAAUGGUUCAGUGAGACAGAACUUGAAGGCCAAAACCAUGUCCAACAAGUAUAGUUUGAAGUGGAAUUCCCAUCAUGAAGAAACAUUCCAAACCUUUGAUUAUCUCCGUCAAAGGGAUAUGUUUGUGGAUGUGACUCUUUCCUGCUAUGGACAGUUCUUGAAGGCCCACAAGCUUGUACUAUGUGCAGGGAGUGGAUAUUUUGAGCGAGCCCUUAGCAAGGAUGGACCAGGGAUGCCUACCAUUCACUUCUAUGGAGUGGAAAUACAUUUGCUCAAGCUCCUUUUGGAGUUCAUGUAUUGUGGAGAAGUUGAAGUUCCAGCUCAGGACCUUGAAAAAUUCAUUGAAUUGGCUGAAAAUCUUGAGGUGAAGGGAUUGAAAGGAGAUAAAUCAAAGGGGAGUUUAUCACAAAGUGUUGGUGGGAACUCUAUCCCUGUAUCUGAUGUUCAAGAUGCUUUGGCACAUAAAAGGAAGAGUACUAUCCCUGUGUAUCAAGAUCUCAAUGAACAACUACUUCAACCAGCAAAAAUUCCACGUGCUCAACCUUCCAUGCCACGUGGUAGGCAACAGUUUGGUGGACCCCACUCUCAGCAGCCAAAGCCUAUACCGGUUCCAUCCUCAUCUCCAAACUGCCAGAGUCAAGCUGAACCAGGCACAAGUGCAUCAGCUGAUGACAUGUUGAUAAAGGAAGAAAGAGAAGAGGGUCAAAUGAAUCAUGCCCAUGAUUUGAUGGCUCCAAAUUUAGCUGCUCCUGAAAAGGGUGAUUGGGAUGAUCAAGCCCAAGCUUCAUAUGUUCCUGAGGUGAUGGAAGAUGAGCCAGAAGCACCAAUAAAUAUCCCUCCAGAAGUUGAUCCACAGACAGUGUCCUAUGUUCAGAGCUACGUUUGGUGUGGGAAGACACGAAUGGCAGGUACCAAAGUGUACUUCUGUCCUUCCUGUCUCUACUCAACUGCAAAGAAGGACCAUGCAGAGCGUCACAGUCGCAAGCACAGCAAAGAGAAGCCAUUCAAGUGCUCUGUCUGUGGAAAGUCCUUUGCACGAAAUGAACGCCUUCAAAAUCAUCUUGUCUCCCUGCAUUGAGGCAUUAGAGUAUUGUUAUGAACCAUGUGUACUUGACAGUGACCUUUCAUUGCUAUGUUUCACCAUUUGUUGAAGCUGUUCCUCUUGGGUCAUUCCAUCAUGCUUCACCCAAUUGACUGGCACUACCAUCUUGGAAUUUUUGUUGCAUUUUUUUAUUACUAAAAU